AUGCCACUGUGGGCUAUCACUCAACAAUCAACGAGCUGCCGCACGCUCCUAAAAACCUCCACCGACCACCACCACCACCACCGCCACCGACCGACUGCCGAGACCAGAGGACAGGAGAGGAGAGCUGAACAAGUCCUAAGUGAGAGAGCCCUUGUUACUGUACUGCAAGUGGCCCUGCCUUAGUGAGAGUGUUGCAGCAUCCUUCCUUCCAACGACAACCGGCACAAGCAGCAGCAGCAGCAGCAGCAGCAGCAAGACAUCCACAGAUACCAAUCAUAGAAGAAUAGAAGACAUCUACAGCAGACAUCUACUGUGCAGAAGUCUGUCCAGCACCUGUCAUCAGCAAAGCAGCAAGACUCGACUCAUCAGAGACUUCUAGACACUUCCAGAGACAUCCAGAGGCUUCCAGAGGCACCCUCCACCACAGGCAUCCCCCCGGUAGAAGCAUCAUGAUCCUGAGAAGUGUGCUCCUCAUCUCCCUGGCUGGAGUCCUAAUGUUCAUGUGCAGCGGCACCGGCGCCCAGAGAAGAGUGCGAAGACAGAACAUGAAGGUUCGCAUCAACGCCACGGGUGACACCAUAGUGAUGAAGUUUGUGCGGCCCAACCCUGACGUGAAGCUGGAGGGCUAUAUCCUGGGCUAUGGCAGCAGCAUGUUCUCCAAACAGUUCAUCCAGCUGCCCGAGAACGGGGAGCCCUACGAGACUGAGAUAGAUGCUGAACCCAAGUACUUGGUGGCAGUACAGCCGAUUCCAACCAAUGAUGUCAAGAAGCACUGCACGGGCAAAGUCAAUCUGGACAAGCCUCUGCACCUGGUGAUUGGUUCUGUCACCCCGACCUCUGUGCUCCUGUCCUGGGGAACCUUCGUGAAGACCCCCUAUGAGGGAAACAUCAUGAACGAAUGCUUAGAAGACGGGUUCUACACGAUCCGCUACAGAGAGAGGAACCGCAAGUGGAACUAUCAGACCUGCCCCACCAGCGACACCGUGAUCGACAACCUGAAGCCCAACACGCCCUACGAGUUCGGGGUCCGCUCCAACAAGGACGACCGCAGUGGCAUCUGGAGCAAGCCCGUCAUCCACAACACCAACAUGGGAGACAAAAGCAUUCAGAAGCCUAUCAAGCCAAGCAGGACCAUCAUCGCUAAGCCUAUGAAGCCGGUGAUGGCUAUCUUCCCUCCUCGACCUGCUCUCCACAACAGGACACAGCCGAGAUUACCUUUCGUCCACAAACCAGGCUUUCCUGGCGCCCCCAGGACACCUUUUGAGUCACCCCAGAGCCACCAGGACACUGUGCCCAACCUGGACACCAAUGAGCCACAAUGGCCUCAGUUUCCACUGGACACAGACAACCAUGUUAGAAAUGCCUCUUCUCAGUCAGUGGAUGAAUCACCUGCCCUUGUCCAGCCAGUGCCCACCAAAGCCCACUCCUCUUCCUCCUCAUCUACCUCCUCCUCUUCCUCUUCAUCAUCUUCCUCAUCCCCCUCUUCCUCCACCACUGACCCUAUUGCCACAUCCCAUGGUGAUACGCAUCAAGGUCAAGGUCAAGGUCAAGGUCAAGGACAGAGUCAGACCAGGGCACCUAGUCCCACACAGAAGCCGCAUAUCCCUCCGGGUAACGGCAACGUACGAACGCUGGGUUCGUCGUCUCAUCCCUCCCGGGUGCCUGACUCGAUCAUGCUGACCCGCAACCUGUCGUCGUCGUCGUCGUCACCUCACGGCGGCAGAAAGCCCUUCUCUCCCUCCUUCACUAAAGGCAUGAGAAACCCUUACUUCCCCAGGGCCACCAAUCAGUCCAACCUCUACAGGAGACCUGGGGCCAAUGGGGAACACCAUAAGGGUCUGUCCCUGCCCAAACCUGUCAUGUGGUCGCGCGUGAGACUUGACAACAACCCGCUGUGGCAGGACAGUAAGCCACACAUCCUCGAUGAUAGCGAGCAUUCAGGGCCCUCCAUUGGGGACCAGCUCCAUGGACCACCUCUACGACCUGCCAUGAACAAAAAGACCAACCUGGUGGGCAAGCCUGGAGGCAUGGAGAAACUGAUGGACCUGAAACAAGACAAGAAUGAUAUUCUGAAGCCCAAGCUCUCACCUGCAACACCAAAGCCAACCAAACAGGAACGCAAGACAACACCUGCCCCAGCUACGAAUGCCAAUCGCUCCGAAACCUGGGAAACAUCUCCAUCUUUCAGUGCCAUCCCUGCGUCUGAGGUUGAUGCUCUGGGAAAGAAACGCUACAUUGCUCCCCAUGUGGUUUACAAGACGGACAAGAAGCCGGAGGAGCCGUGCUCCAUCACCACCUCCCUGACGUACUUCCCGGAGGACGAGGGCAGUGCAGAGUCUAACGUCACCGCGCCGCCCAGGUCCGCUCCGCAAAACCUCACGGUCGUCACUGUGGAGGGAUGCCCUUCCUUUGUCAUCCUGGACUGGGAGAAAGCAGACAACGACACCACAGAGUAUGAAGUCAUCUCCACCACUAAAGGUCCAGAUGGUGAACAGGUCUCCAUCCUGAGAACCAACCAGACACACACGGCCGUGGAGAACCUCCGACCAGAGAGCAGCUACGAGUUCAAGGUCAAACCGAAGAAUGAACUGGGAGCUGGCCCAUCCAGUGAGCCUGUGGCCUUCAAUACGGAAUCAGCGGAUCCACGAGUGAGCGAAAAUGUCUCAGGAAAAGAUGCCAUCUGGACCCAGUUCCCCUUCAAGACGGACUCGUUUUCAGAAUGCAACGGCAAGCAGUAUGUCAAGAGAACCUGGUACCGCAAAUUUGUUGGGGUUCAGAUCUGCAACUCACUCCGUUACAAGAUCUACCUAAGCGACUCUUUGAACGGUAAAUUCUACAACAUUGGGGACCAGACGGGGCAUGGAGAAGACCAUUGCCAGUUCGUAGACUCUUUCCUUGAUGGCAGAACAGGCUCACAGGUCGCUGCUGAUACUCUACCAGCCAGAGAAGGCUACUACAGGGCAAUGAGACAAGAGCCAGUCAACUUUGGUCACAUAGGAGGGAACUCUCACAUCACUUACGUAUCAUGGUACGAGUGCGGAACACCGAUACCCGGGAAGUGGUAGAUCCCUCACUGAAGUCUGGCGGGAAGUUCGGCGAAGAGAAUCUCAUUGGCUGGAACAUGUGGCUUUCAUGUCACAAUGCGAGCUUGUGAUUGGUUAACACCAAAAGUACAGAGGGGGGGGUUUUGCUGUCUAAAGCUGUGCACUCUGUUCUCAAAACACCAACCCCAACCCCCUCAACACAAAAACCAUGUAUAAACGUGUACAGAAUCCAAGUGGCAGGGAAUUUCAUUGAGCGCAUUUGUGGUAUGUAAUAGCAAUUUAGUCUCAUCUCAUUAUUUAUCAAACACAUAACAGAGAAAACAAACUUCAUGAAGACAAAGAUCGGGAGAGAGAAUGGUAAAAGUGAAGUUACCUCAAACACAGUGAGGUAAGCAAAACACAUGAAAAUAGGACUUCGUUUAAAUAUUGGGAAGCUGGCUCCCUAAACCUAUUUUGACAAUGUGUGUAAUAUUAUUUAUCGAAGGUCUGUAGCACCGUUUUCCUUGCACUGUCCUGACAGUGAGUGGAGGCAGGUGCCAUGCGGCUCAGUGCUUUAGCUGGCGUAUCUCAGGUUUGAAGCGAGGGCUAAAACGUUAGCUUACAGUAUGCUUUACCUGAGAUACGCCUCCGAUUCCUUACGUCUCUUAUCCAACGCCACAAGUGCGGACUAUUAGCAUAGACGCAGCAAAUAGCAGUAUGUAUAUCUGGAAGGGUUGGCUUUUUAUAUAUACGUGCCCUCCUGACUAAAUGCACUGGUGUCGGCAUCGUUAUUUUUCUAAAGAGAGUUAUGUGCUCGUGGCAGCACGUCGUAAAAAAAUACAGUGGGUUAACACCCACGUGGUGUCCAAGUUUACAACGCAAUAUGAGCUGUGAGGUCAAACAGUCAUGUCUCGCUUGUCCGUUAUUGACCCGAUUUAUCGGUCAAAUCGCAGUAAAGAUUCACAUUACACACAUUGACAGACAUACACGUAGACACGAACACACACAUAGACCAAACAGACACACAUACACCCAUUUGCACACAUUUUCACAAAACAGUUACACACACAUACACAUGCAUCACAAAGUGAAAGUCUUGUACCAUGUCCUCCAUUGCUAGCUUGAAUAUAUUGGGCUAGCAGCAGGUUGGAGUACAUCACACUUGCAAUUUGCACAGCAUAAAUGUAUUUAUAUGUAUAUGGAGAAAAAUAUUUUUGCAAAUGUACAAGACCAAAAAAAAAAAGUUUGUCAUCCUUCUGUGUCAGUUUGUAUGUCAACAAACUUGCAGCACCUCAGAUUGGAAGUCAUGUCCAUGCGUGUUUAUAUUUGUUGGAUGAGAUGGAUUCAACUUUGGAAAAAUGUAUUUUUUUUUCUCGUAUUUUUCAGCUUGUACAGAAGUACUCAUUCUGCUCUCAUGGUUAGCAGUAAGGUGCUUACCCCAUUUUUUGGAAUCUUUUGUAACUUGAUGCUGUUUGUUUCGUAUUUUGAUGCAUAAUUACAUGUCUGUAUCGAAUUACAUGUGUGUAUCUAUUUGAAUAAAGUUGAUAGUUUUGUUUCCUUUUUAUAAAAAAUA